UGGUAAGCGCCACCUGCAUAUGAUAUGUUGUAGGUUUUUUCUUAUUAUUCCUCCCACAUAAUUAAUUAUUAAAAGUGAAUAUUUCAUUUAUCUUCUCGUUUUUAGAUUCGCAUAAAAUUUGUAUUGAUUUGACGACUAAUACGCGAAUAAUUGUGAAUUUAGUAAAUAAAGUCAAUACAUAUGUAUAGGUAAGCGAAUGAUCAUAAAUGGUGUAGAUGGCAGCAGUAACAGAGCUCGCGUGGUGCGGUCUCGUGUUCUCCAUCUUCUACAGUCACUGGUCUCCUUGGCAGCGCCCAAACUCCCAAACCUUUCUUUCGUUUAGUCAGUAUUAAAAUCGUUUGACAAAACUGCAUUUAUUUAAUAUACAAAGAUGGCUUUACACGUACCAAAAGCUCCCGGCGUAUCUCAAAUGCUUAAGGAUGGUGUUCGCUACUUUUCUGGAUUAGAAGAAGCAGUUUAUCGUAAUAUCACAGCUUGCAAACAGUUUGCACAGUCUGUGCGCACUGCCUAUGGACCUAAUGGCAUGAACAAAAUGGUUAUCAAUCACUUGGAAAAGCUAUUUGUAACUAGCGAUGCCGCUACAAUUAUCAAGGAAUUGGAUGUUGAACAUCCAGCUGCAAAACUAUUAGUUCUUGCAUCUGAGAUGCAAGAAGCAGAAGUUGGAGAUGGUACAAACUUUGUUAUCAUUUUUGCUGGUUCAUUGCUGGAAGCAGCUGAAGAACUAUUGCGUUUGGGAAUCACAACAUCCGAGAUAGUAGAGGGCUAUGAAAUUGCUUUGGAAAAGGCAUUGGAAGAGCUACCCAAGUUAGUUGUUCAUGAAGCUAAAGAUCACAAAGAUAUUGAACAAAUAAAGGCAGGUAUAAAAACUUCCAUAAUGAGCAAACAAUAUGGAAAAGAAGAUUUCAUUACGGAAUUAGUUUGUAAAGCUUGUACAUCUAUUUUACCUGCAAAUGCUUCCAACAUCAAAACUACUUUUGCUGUUGACAAUGUCAGAGUUUGCAAAAUCUUGGGCUCGGGAUUGCAUUCUUCCCAGGUGGUGCAAGGAAUGGUGUUCAAAAGGCAAGUGGAAGGAGAAUUGACCAAGGUUUUGAAUGCCAAAAUUGCCGUUUACACUUGUGCUGUAGACAUCACACAGACCGAAACCAAGGGAACAGUACUUAUAAAAUCUGCAGACGAAUUGAUGAAUUUUUCGCGCGGAGAAGAGUCUCUGUUAGAAUCGCAAAUAAAAGCUAUUGCUGAUAGUGGAGCAACUGUUGUUGUAUCUGGCGGUAAAUUUGGUGACAUGGCACUUUACUAUGUUAAUAAGUACAACAUGAUGGCUGUUCGUAUUCCUAGCAAAUUUGACUUGAGACGACUAUGCAAAGCGAUAGGAGCAACAGCAUUGCCUAAAUUGAUUCAACCAAGCAAAGAAGAAUUGGGAUAUGCUGAUACAGUUCAUGUAGAUGAAUUGGGAGACACAAAUGUAGUAGUUUUCCAACUUCAUGGUCAAGAAAGCCGUAUUAGCACUGUCAUUGUACGAGGUUCAACAGAUAACUAUAUGGAUGACAUUGAAAGAGCUAUUGAUGAUGGAGUGAACACUUUUAAAGCUAUCACUCGAGAUGGACGUUUCUUACCUGGUGCAGGGGCAACUGAAAUAGAAUUGGCUUCUAGAAUUUCAGCAUUUGCAGACACUAUUCCUGGUCUAGAACAAUAUGCUGUUCGAAAAUUCUCUACAGCUCUUGAAGUCUUUCCGAAAACUUUAUCAGAAAACAGCGGAACCCAAGCUCAGGAGCUCUUAUCAAAACUUUAUGCUGCUCAUAAAGAAGGAAAGGUUAAUCAUGGUUUUGAUAUCGAGAGCACUGGAGUUGCAACAAUUGUAGAUGCAGAGAAAGCUGGAAUACUGGAUUUAUAUCUAACAAAACUGUGGGCUAUUAAAUAUGCCGUUAACGCUGCAUGCACUAUUCUAAAAAUCGAUCAAAUUAUCAUGGCUAAACGAGCUGGUGGACCAAAACCUAGAGCAGGAAAAGCAAAUAGUGAUGAUGAAUCAUAAAAAUAAUAACACGCUUUAUCUGGACACAAUUCAUUUUGUAUUUUGCUAUUCAUCAAUUAUUCAAGCAACAAUCGUUAAUUUUCUUUUUUAAUAAAAAAGAUUUAUUUCUAUGAAAAAAUAACUAAUAUUUAUACAUCUUUUACAUUUAUAUGUACAAUCAAAUUCCCUGGAAAUAUACUUGAUAGAAAAAAAAUUUGGCUUCAAUUUUGAAUCUAUGAUGAGUCUGAUGAAUCUUCCUCAGCUUCUUUUAACCAGUUUACAAAUGGUAAUACAGCUGCUCUAAUAGCUUUAGCUACAUUUUGCUUGCUCUCUUGUUGUUUUACAUCAUCAACGUUGUUGUAAUAUUCAUCCAUACCAUCAUUAUCACCAUUACAGUCUUGUUCAAACCAUUCCAUAAUCU